AUGAUUCCAAGUCGAGCUCUACUGUUGCUGUCCUUCGGUGUAGCCGCUCUUGCUGGGCGCUCUUCCAAACCGAACUUCAUCUUCAUCAUUACCGAUGAUCAAGACUUACAUCUAAACUCGCUCGACUACCAACCUGCUGUGCAGAAGCAUUUCGCCCAGGAAGGUACUUGGUUCAAGAAGCAUUUCUGCACCGUAGCACUAUGUUGCCCAUCGCGAGUGUCGCUCUUGACUGGGAAAGCCGCUCACAACACGAAUGUGACGGACGUGUCUGCUCCUUACGGCGGAUAUCCUAGAUUCAUUGAAGAAGGUUUCAAUGAUGCUUAUCUUCCCGUGUGGCUUCAAGAGGCGGGCUACAACACAUAUUACACUGGAAAAUUGAUGAAUGGACACUCCACCUCUACAUACGAUGCACCGCGAGCCAGUGGCUGGAAUGGCUCUGACUUCCUGAUCGACCCCGGAACAUAUGUCUUCUACAACUCAACCAUGACGCGAAACCACGACGUCUACAGAAACUCACCAGGAGAAUACUCAACCGACCUCGUAGCCAAUGCCGCAGUAUCCUUCUUAGACGAAGCCAUCGCAGCACCAGACCGGCCUUUCUUCCUCGGCGUCGCACCCAUAGCCCCCCACUCAGAAACAAUCACCAACCCACGCCCCACAAAGUUCAACCUACCCGUCCCCGCAAAGCGACACGAGCAUCUCUUCCCCGACGUAAAAGUACCCCGAACACCAAACUUCAACCCCUCAAAACCAGGAACAGCAUCCUACUUCUCCACGCUCCGCCCGCUCAACGCCUCAGAAAUCGCCUACAACGACGCCUGGUACCGCGCACGCCUGCAAACCCUCCAAUCCGUCGACGACCUCAUCGAGUCCAUCAUGAACCGUCUGAGCGAACACCCCGAGGUACUGGAAAACACUUAUCUGAUUUAUACAACAGACAACGGCUUCCACAUCAGCCAACACCGGCUCCCACCCGGUAAAUCCUGCGGCAUAGAAGAAGACAUCAACAUCCCUUUCUUCAUCCGCGGCCCGGGCGUUGCCAAAGGCGCAGUGAUGGAUAUCCCGAGUAGUCAUACGGAUAUCGUGCCGACGCUGUUUCACCUUGCUGGUAUACCACCCCGGGAGGACUUUGACGGGGAGGUUAUUCCUGUUACGGGGGCGAUGCAGGAAAGGGGUGGGAAGAGUGAGCAUGUUAAUGUUGAGUUUUGGGGGGAGUAUCUGGUGGAGGGGAAUACGUUUUAUGGGCGAGAUGUGUGGGCGGAGAAUACGUAUAAGACGGUGAGGGUGGUGGGGGAGGAGUAUGAUUUGAGUUAUACGGUUUGGUGUACGAAUGAGCGGGAGCUUUAUGAUAUGAAGACCGACCCCUACCAACUCGCCAACCUCCUCUCCACACCCAACACCCCCAACACCACCACCACCACCUCUUCCAUAUCCUCCUACCCCAUCCUCCCCCUAACCGCCCGCCUCGACGCCCUCCUCCUCACGCUCAAGCGCUGCAAAGGCCGUGUGUGCACGCGACCAUGGGAGAAAUUGCAUCCCGAGGGCAAUGUGCGUAAUCUAAAAGACGCUAUGCAUGAAAGGUACGAUGUAUUUUACUUGGAGAAGCAGAAGAAGGUUAGCUUUGAUGAGUGUGCGUUGGGUCAGAUAUUGGAGGUUGAGGGACCGCUGGAGCCGGUGAGUUGGAGGGAGGAGUGGGAUGAGUGGAGUUGGGUGACUUGA